AAAAGAUUAACGGGACAUGUCAGUCUAGUGGGCAUAACUCGAGCGCUGUGAACACAGGUUGGUGGGUUUAUUUGCGUCGCGGCUUCAGAGGAGGGCAAACCGCUCGUCAUUUGUCCGUCCUGACAGCAGUGAGAAAUUAUCUGUAAAAGAUGGAGGGAAACAAGAGGACUAUGAGGGAGCGCUGCGCCCUGAAGCAAGACAUCAUCAAAGAGUUUUUGGCCGAAUUUCUGGGGACGUUCGUCUUAAUACUCUUGGGCUGUGGGUCAGUGGCUCAGACGGUGUUGAGUCGGGGUGCGUUGGGAGAACCCCUCACCAUCCACAUCGGCUUCACACUGGGGGUCAUGCUGGCCGUCUACAUGGCUGGGGGAGUGUCAGGAGGCCAUGUAAACCCUGCCGUGUCUCUGGCCAUGGUGGUCCUGGGGAAGCUGCCACUGAAGAAGUUUCCUGUCUAUGUGGCGGCUCAGUUCCUGGGCGCCUUUGCUGGGUCGUGCGCUGUCUACGGCCUCUACUAUGACGCCUUAAUCGAUUACACCAACGGAGUGUUAACCGUCACGGGAGAGAAUGCCACAGCCAACAUCUUCGCUUCCUACCCGGCCAAGCACCUGUCUGUCCUCAACGGCUUUGCGGACCAGGUGAUUGGUGCUGCGACGCUGGUCCUGUGUAUCUUGGCAAUCACCGACAAGAAGAACAUCGGAGCACCUAAAGGCAUGGAGCCGCUGGUCAUCAGCCUGUCCAUCCUCGCCAUCGGCGUGUCCAUGGGCCUCAACUGCGGCUAUCCCAUUAACCCUGCCCGUGACCUGGGGCCACGGCUCUUCACUGCCGUGGCUGGGUGGGGCUUCGAGGUGUUCAGUGCUGGGAACUGCUGGUGGUGGAUCCCUGUGGCCGGUCCUCUGGUUGGGGGUGUGGUGGGAGCCAGCAUCUACUUCCUGCUCAUCGAGCUGCACCAUCCCGAACCACAGAGGCACACAGAGGACGAGAACAACGUCAAGGACAAAUACGAGAUCAUCACCAUGAGCUAAACACAAAACAUACACACACACACACACACACACACACACACACACACACACACACACACACACUCACACACAUACAACGUGUGCUAUACCUACAGACGGCUAAUGAUAUACAUAUACACACACACACACACACAUCAGCAUUUCACAGAUCAGACACAAUUUACAACUUUGUUAAACUAUACAGCUGAGCUAUCUUUCUCUCCUCUUUUGCACUCCCUCUCUCUAUCCCUCUCUCUUUCACUCUCUCCAAAAUGACAGAACUCUGUUCAUUUCGUAAAUGUACCUCUGCAACAGAGCACCAGUUCUUUUCCAGUCCUCCAGGUGAAUUUUCUCACUCACACACUCAGCACACGCUUCUAGUCCUCGGGCACAUUUGAAAAAAAACGUCUGUUUCCACUUUUGCUAGUGCUUGUACUUUCUGCCCCACAUCUAACCCAACAGAACAAGCCAGCGCUGUGUUGCAUAGCAGGGGAACAUUUGGAUGGAUGCACUUCCACCCAUGCCAUUACAUUACAUGCAUUAUGCAUGCUAGUGAUUGGUCAAUUUAUUAGUCAACCAUUGAUGUUUUUUUUUUUUCAUGAUUUCUGAUGACAGGCGUCCGUCAGAGGGGUCAGAUGUGGCAAAGGUUGUACACACAGUAUGUGCCUGAUAGUAUGAUGCCUGAGCUUGCAGCAUCUAUGUGUGUUACAUGGGGGAACAUAGUCCUGCCGUAUGAGUUUAUAUUUAUUUAUUUAUCUCUCUCUGGUGACUGGCUGCUCCCUCCAAGUAGCCACAGUCAGGGUAAGACCCAGCUAAGCCAUUAGUAGCCAGAGGCCAUUCAUUUUCAAUGAGUGAAACCGUGGAAACGGCAAAACUACACACCACAGCUGCCUCACAGGUAUUUUUAGAUAUUAUGGGAUGGAACUGUCAGGAGACUCUGCAUUACUCCAACAGACCAUCAAUUUUUCACAUCUGUGUGUGUUUGUGUGUGUUCAUCUAAAGAGGCUGCACAGAGAAAGAUGUGUGUGUGUGCGUGUGUGUGUGUGUGUGUGUGCGUGUGUGUGGUAUUCUUCUGAAGUCACUCAUAGACAUUUGUGUGCUGUUUGUCUAAAGCAGCCACAUAGAAGUGUGUGUGUGUGUGUGUGUGAGGUCCCCUAGAGAUUUAUUACAGUAGAGUAGAGAGUGACGGAGCCAGUUUUUCUUCAUGUUGUUUAUCCUCAGGCAACGCAGGCCGAAUCAACCUUAAUGUUGUAGAGAUGAACACACACACAAACACACACACACACACACACACACACACACACACACACACACACA